AAACCCAACAACCCGCAACCGUCCAGGCAUCCAACCACAUUCAAAUCUCCCCCUCCUCUCGCCAUCAUCUCCAUUCUCCUCCCCUCGUGAUUAUCCAUCCCCCCCAAUCCCUGCCCCAAACCAGCCUCCGAUCCAUCCGACCCCGAAUCGCCGCCGGGUUCUCCGCGCGGGCGCGGGCGAUGGCGGGCGCGGGCGCGGCGGAGGUGGAGAGGGCGCACGAGCUCUACCGGGGCGGCCGCCACCGGGAGGCGCUGGAGCUCUACUCCGCGGCGCUGGCGGCGGCGCGGGGCCCGGCCCAGCGCAUCGCGCUCCACAGCAACCGCGCCGCAUGCCACCUCAAGCUCCACGACUUCCACAAGGCAGCAGAAGAGUGUACAUCUGUCCUUGAGUUGGAUAGGGAGCAUGCCGGAGCUUUGAUGCUGCGUGCGCAGACUCUGGUUACUCUGAAAGAUUAUCAGUCAGCUCUAUUUGAUGUCAACAGGCUCAUUGAGAUAAAUCCAUCAUCUGAAGCAUAUCGGAACCUACAGGCACGAUUGAAGACACAGCUAUCACUGGCCCCAAUUCCUGAGUGUGAAGAGGAGUCCCUGUAUCUUGAAGAAGAAAAGGAAGAGCUUCCUCCAAAAGGACAUCAGAAGAUUGAGACUUCUAUCACUAAGCCUGACAAACCUGAAACUGAACUGGUUCUCGAGAACAAACCUUCAAAUGGACCUAUUCUCGACAGAAAACCUGCAACUGAACCUCAGAAGGUUAAUGUUGCUCCCAUUCUGCCAUCGAAACCCCAGGGCUGGGAGGCCAUUCCAAAACCAAAGGGCCAUUCAGGUCUUGAUUACUCGAAGUGGGACAGGGUUGAAGAUGAUUCAAGUGAAGAUGAGGAUGAUGAAGAAGAAGAAGAGUUGCCGCAGUAUAAGUUUAAAGUCAGAACUGUUGGCGUGCGGUCUGUAAAGUGAACAAGAUUAGCAAUGUUCAAACUAUGGUCUGUGUAUAGUCUGACAGGAUGCUUACUCACAUCUUCAGUUGAAUUACUUUUGGAUGAACAGCUAUACAUAUUGGUUGAUAUUUUGCUUGAUGUUGGGAGUUGGUGGUGUCUGACGUCAGAACCAGGUGGCCCAAUCUCGACUGUUUGUUUUUCGAAGCAAUGGAGAUGGAUAUGAUGGCAGGGUCCAUGAUGUACAAAGAUCCAAGCUAACACUCCAGUAGUCCAGCGCAGUUUAGGAUCAUAGUCUCGUCUCGGCGAACCUGUGUACCUAGCGUCCUUUGGAUUUUGGAAUAUAAUAUGAAACCGCUUUUGGUUAUAUGAA